ACAAGAACCAGGGUUGAGUUCUGAUGUUAUGAAAACUCCUCAAUGAAAUGUUGAGCAACUGUCUGCUUGUUCAGCGUUACAUAAGACCAUGUGGAGAAGCUAGCCUCAGCUGCUGGACCAGGUGCCCCCAUAAGAAUCCAGGAAGUGAUUUGGACUGAGAAAAGCCUCCAGACAGCAUGGCCAAGCGGAGACAGUGUGCAGAGACGAAGGCGAAUACAAAGAAGCCAAAGCAGCUGCUAAGUGCAGAAAGCAGAGGAGCAAAGACGAGAAGCAAGCAGAAAGAUCCAGAAAGCGAAUCUGCAGAAAAAGAGGAGAAGCUUGAGAGGAAAGUUAAACCUAAAUCACGUUUGUCCUCAAAACGUUCAGCCGGGAAAAAGCCAUCUUCCACCAACGACGCCAGCGCUGAUGGCAAAACCAGUAAGUACUUCCAGUCUCCGCUCAAGGAGGAGGUUAACAGUGAAGAUGACUUUGACAUGGACACCACUGCACCACCUGCAGCUAAGGUUAAGGAGAGCAUCAAGAAGCCAGAGGAAGAAGAAAAACAGGAAGAGGAUGAUGAUGAUAGCGAGGAUGAAGAUGAUUGGGAGGAAGUGGAAGAGCUGGAUGAGCCGCUGGGUCCAGUUGAACCACCAGAGCCAAUCCUGCCUUCUCAGCCCGUAGAGAUCGAGAUCGAAACCGCAGAAGUCAGGAAGCAGAAGAAGAGGAAGGCAGAGUUUGAGACGUACCUCAGACGGAUGAUGAAGAGGUAUAAGAAGGACCUGCUGAUAGACACACACAAGGUCCACCUCCUGUGCCUUUUAGCCAACGGGAUGUUCCGCAACAGGCUGUGCAGCGAGCCGGACCUGCUGGCUGUGGCGCUCUCUCUGCUGCCCCCACAUUUCUGUAAAGUGGCCAAAGAACGUAUCGACCACAACUACCUCUGUGGGCUCCUCAAAUGGUUUAGAGCGACAUUCACCCUCAACCCCAGUCUUCCCACAGAGGAGCGUCCAGACCCUCAGGCCCUACUGGAGAGGCGACUGGGAAGCCUCUCAGCCAGAGACCACCAGGAGAUGACUCAUCUUUUCCUGUUGUUCCUAAGGUCUCUGCAGCUCUUCUGCCGACUGGUUCUCUCUUUGCACCCAGUUCCUUUCAAGCCUCCACCUGCAAAGUCCAAAGGGACUAGAGCGUCGACUAGUGCCCCUGGAGGAGGCCAGACAAGCCAGGAAAGCUCCAAGACAAACUCUCCUGAGACGAAGGUCUCCCCUGGAACCAAGAGACCGGCUGGAGGUGGGAAGGUCAAAGGAAGCAGCGGAGGCAAGAAAGCAAAGAGGACAGAAAUGAAGCAGGAGGAAGAGGAGAGGCCUGUGUUAUCUGGAGGGCAGAGACCGAAAAAUUCAAAACGCCGCAGCAUUGCUUCAAAGGUCAGCUACAAAGAGGAGAGCAACAGCGAGGGGGGUGAGGAAGAGGAGAUCAGUGAUGCUGAGGAAUUUCAGGAAACCAGCGAGGAUGACAGCGAAGAUUUUGAAACAACGUUUAGACCUGCUAAAAGAAAAACAGGCAAUGGAAAGAGCGCCACUAAGAAAACAAAAACCCCAAAGAGAAAUAGCAGCGGUGGGAAACGGCAGGUGAAAGAGGAGGACAGUGAGCUGGAGGACGGGGAAGAGGAAAAUGAAGACGAUGGCCCAAAGAGCGACAGAAGAAAAAGACGGAGCGGGCAGAAGAAAGAAGGACCGGGAGCAGAUGAGUGGUUAGAGGUUUACCUGGACAAGACAUCUUCAUGGGUUUGUGUGGAUGUGGAACACGGAGUCGGGGCGCCUCAGCUCUGCUCCCAGAACGCCACCGCGCCACUGACCUACGUAGUGGCGGUGGACGGGGACGGCCGUUUAAAAGACCUGGGAAGGAAGUAUGACCCCACCUGGAUGACGACGUCCCGGAAAAGGCGGGUGGACGACGAAUGGUGGGAGGAAACGCUGGAGCCGUUCAUGGGACCAGAGGAUGAGAGGGACAAGAAGGAGGAGAAGGAGCUCCAGAAGAAGCUGCUGAACAAACCUCUGCCAAUCUCCAUAGCAGAGUAUAAGAACCACCCUCUGUAUGCCCUAAAGAGACACCUGCUGAAGUAUGAAGCCCUCUAUCCUCCAACAGCCAGUGUUCUGGGUUACUGCAGAGGAGAGCCAGUUUACUCCAGAGACUGUGUGCACACCCUCCACUCCAGAGAAACAUGGCUGAAGGAAGCUAGAACUGUUCGACUCGGAGAGGAGCCGUAUAAGAUGGUGAAGGGCUUCUCCAACCGUUCCAGAAAGGCCAGAAUGAUGUCUGAGAUGAAGGAUGAGAACGACCUCCCUCUGUUUGGAGAAUGGCAGACUGAAGAAUACCAGCCGCCCAUAGCUGUGGAUGGAAAGGUCCCUCGUAAUGAUUACGGUAACGUAUACCUCUUUAAAGCCUGCAUGAUCCCAGUGGGCUGCGUUCACCUCAGGCUACCCAACCUGCACCGCGUGGCCAGGAAGUUGAACCUGGAUGCCGCCCCCGCUGUCACAGGCUUCGACUACCAUGGAGGAUACUCCCACGCUGUGACUGAUGGUUAUAUUGUGUGCGAAGAGGAUGAGGAGGUUCUCCGAGCCGCCUGGGUGGAAGAGCAGGAGAUCCAGAGACAGAAAGAAAAAGAGAAAAAAGAAAAGAGAGCGAUCGCCAGUUGGACCCUCCUAGUGAAGGGUCUCCUGAUCAGAGAGAGGCUCAAGCGGCGCUACAACCAGAAGAACCAGGGCCUGGGGAGCCUUGGUGCUGAAGGGGACGCCGAAGGCUUCUCCUCUGAUGAGGAGGGCGUUGAAGUGGAACCCUCUGGAGGUAAAACAGCCACUGAGGCUCUGGCGUUGUCCUGGCCCCAAAACAGACAAGCAGAGGAGGACGGAAGUUCAGGAAAACCGAAGAGGAGGACGACGAAGCGAGAGAAGAAGGGCCAAGACAAACAUUUGUUUCCCUUUGAGAAAGUUUAAUAAUAGAAACCAACUGUUUUUCCAUAUAUAGGAAACAAAACUGGAAUUCAAGUUUGCCGUCAACAAAGCACUAAACUGAACAUUUUUAUGAUCAGCAACAAAAUCUAAAGUUUCUCAGGAGCAGAUGCCACAAAUUUAAAAUGAUUUUUAGAAAGACUGAACGGAAAGAGGAGGCAAGAAAAGAGGAAGGUGGCUUUCAGCUGUGAGGCUGUUUGUACAUAUCUGUUCAUUUUACAGUAAUCUUGUGUUUAAAGCCAGCAGAAAUGAUCUCAUUAAAAAAAAAGAUUGGAAUUUGAAAGGAAUGUUGGAAAGAAAACAUAAAACUCUCCAUGCAAUGAGUGCAAGCAUUAGAGGUCUACUGGAUUGUAAUGCUUAGGGGAAGCUGUUCUACACUAAACCACACCAUCCCCUGUAAAAACCAGAUAAUCCUGGUUCCUCUGCAGACCUUGCUUCUCACAGAUCCAAUUUUAACUUUUUAAUAACUGCUCGGUAGAGAUCGACAAGUUUCAACAAACGUAUAUUUUCUGGCAGCUCUUUCUUGAUUGAUGUUGACCAAUACACACCUAUCCAGUGAAGAGAACUAGGCCUCCAUCAUAUAUAUCAGAGGGAAACAGGAGGGAAUUAACUGCUUAGCUAUGGGACUUACAAAAUUAUAAAACUAUGGCAAAGGAUUCAUUUAUUUCAGCUUUUUACGCAAUUUUCCCAAAAUGGGUAGAAGGCUUAUUUGUAUAUUAAUAUGCUGAAUGGACAUUACAGUACCUGAACUGAAUUGAAUCAGAAAGCAUUUAGAAUGUGUCGGAUGUCCGCAUCGUUUCACUGUAAAUUAUUUCAAAUUAAAAAAGAAAAGUCUUCAAGAAGAGCAUGUCAAUUCAAAUUUAAGCUUAAUAUAAAGACCAGCUGUGUUUACUCAACCCCUGAUUGUCACAUUCGUCCAUUUGAGCUGAAGACAGGAAACUGUAGAGUUGGUUUAGGACUGUUAGCUGAUUUUAUUUGACAGGAAAGAAGUUGAUGAUCGAAUCACACAUUGAGACCUAAAUUUCACUGUUUCGUUUCCCUUUGAAGCUGCUUUUCUUGCUUCGGUGCUACAUUCAUUAAGGUUUUUUUUUUUUUAUGUUCAUACUGAUUUAUUUUCUUUUCACAUGUCUCUAUGUCUUGUAUCACUAUUUCACAACUUUAAUGUUUGCUCUGUUUGUUCACAGGUGAUUGUAGCUGUAAUAGAAAUAGUACUCCGA